AUGCAGAACUCUUCAUAUAAGAACCUUGCGCACGGCAUAGUGCCUGUCGUACAGCAACGCACACACCCACAAUACCAAGACGGGCCACAACCACACUGGCAGCCCAGUUGGCACUCAAGACAUCAGAUUAACACCAGGCCACAUUCACACACUAUAAAUCCGACGCAAACGGCCCCAGCGAGCAUGUUUGAAAUGACAAUGAAUGAUCCAGCUUUGGGUAGUACGAACACGGUGAUACAGAACCUCAUGAAGAACGGAGAUGUACUGAAUGUCAGUAGUUUGAUUAAGAAGACUAGUACAUCGAGUGGGAAGACGCUGAGAAGUAAACCGUCGGACACGGCACAGUUGGAUAAUAUGUGCGACUUUGUGGGCAUGUACGAUUUUAAGGAGAUUAUAGGGGAGGGCCACUAUGGGGUGGUUAAAAAAGCAAUACAUGUAAUCACAAAG